UACCUAUGGUGGAAGGACCAUGCCUUGGCUCAUCUUGACUGCUACCAGAACAUAAAGAUCCAUGACAUGGCUUAUUAGCCAACCUCCCUCUGCCAGCUCCUUCUCUAAGUCUAAUUCCAUCAGGCAACGUCACACCUCCUGAGGACGACGGGGAGGACACUGGGUUUCGCUGAGGUUUGCAUCUUACCGCCGUCAAAGCGGAGGCUCCAGACACGAGUUGGGCUGCCCUGGAGCCAAGGACCACACUGGCCAGGUUUCCUCUACAGUCAAACGCCGGGGCUCACCUCCGGGAGCCGGAGCCUACCCUCCUGCCCAGAAUGACUCACCAUUCUUCCCUACUCGAGUGCUAGGACAAUAUGGGGAGCUCAGCUGUCUAUUUGUGUAUCUAGGAUUCCCCCAGAGUCUCAGCGGCUUGGUUACUAAGAGACCUCCCUGAUUCCAGCUCCUCCAGCCAAACCAAGCAGGAGCUCUUUGGUGUGCAGAGCUCCCCCAGUGCUCUCAUGUUCAAACCCAAGCUGAUACACCCGCUUUUCUGGGGGACAUUAGCAUUGUCCUGAAAGCUCUCCCCUGGGACAGCUGGAAGGUGUAGAGCCAGGAGCCCUCCCCAGCCCCCAUUAUGACAGUGGCCACUGGAGACCCAGCAGAUGAAGCUGCCGCCCUCCCUGGGCACCCCCAGGACACCUAUGACCCUGAGGCAGACCAUGAGUGCUGUGAGAGGGUAGUAAUUAACAUCUCGGGAUUGCGAUUUGAGACACAGCUCAAGACUUUGGCCCAGUUUCCAGAGACCCUCUUGGGGGACCCUAAGAAGCGAAUGAGGUACUUUGAUCCACUCCGAAAUGAAUACUUUUUUGACAGGAACCGCCCUAGCUUUGAUGCCAUCUUAUAUUACUACCAGUCUGGGGGCCGGUUAAGACGCCCUGUGAAUGUCCCCUUGGAUAUCUUCUCAGAAGAAAUUCGUUUUUAUGAACUGGGUGAGGAGGCGAUGGAGAUGUUCCGAGAGGAUGAAGGCUACAUCAAAGAGGAAGAGCGUCCUUUACCAGAAAAUGAGUUUCAGAGACAGGUGUGGCUUCUAUUUGAAUACCCAGAGAGCUCUGGGCCAGCCAGGAUUAUAGCUAUUGUGUCUGUCAUGGUGAUUUUGAUCUCCAUUGUGAGUUUCUGUCUUGAAACUUUGCCCAUUUUUCGGGAUGAGAAUGAAGAUAUGGCUGGUGGUGGGAUUCCUUUCCAUACCUACUCUAACAGCACCAUUGGGUACCAACAGUCCACUUCCUUCACUGACCCUUUCUUCAUUGUGGAGACACUAUGCAUCAUCUGGUUCUCCUUUGAGUUCCUAGUCAGGUUCUUUGCCUGUCCCAGCAAAGCCGGUUUCUUCACCAACAUCAUGAACAUCAUUGACAUUGUGGCCAUCAUCCCGUACUUCAUCACGCUUGGGACCGAGCUGGCAGAGAAGACAGACGAUGCCCAGCAAGGCCAGCAGGCAAUGUCAUUGGCUAUCCUUCGUGUGAUCCGGUUGCCCUAUUUAGAAGACAGCUCUCUUCUAACAAGAGGAACAGACAGAUUCCACUUUGGAUCCUCCCGCCACCCCAGUAGUAGCCUCGCUCCUAUAUAAACAGGGGGUAAGUUCUCAAGCUCAGACUUUCCUUAUUCUGCCUGGCCUCUCUAAAGAGGGACAGAAACACCUUUCCCAGCUUGGUAACCCUGGAGAAGAGGACAUCGCAAAUAUUCUGCAGCAGACUAAAUAAAGUAGUUAUCUCUAGUCUUGCUCUCUCCAGUUCUGUCUGCUUUUUGGUGAGACUAUCCUAUGCCCUGAAGAUAAUUUGGCAGUCCCUUUCAAUCCCUCCUUUUGAAAGUCCCAAUGGUGCGUAGAAGAGGGGUAACCGUACUCCAUUGGUUUUAAUCAGAUCUCUGGGGUUGAAGUAGGAGGGACUUGCAAGGCUUUGUAACCCUGUGGGAAUAAGCAGCAUAGGACCCAUUAGAAGCAGCCAGAUCAGGCCAGGAAUGUGCUGUAAAUUCUUAAUCAUGCCCCCGUCUGUUGCAUGCUAGACCCAUGCAUUGUAUGAUGUUUUCCAUAUAACUGGACAGUGUCACCCCAUAGAAGGUUGCAUCAAUCUAGAAGGAUAGUCAACAGCAUCUCUGCAAAAUCCAGCGAUGCAGACAUCUGCCAUGCCAGCAUUCCUGGUGACGCUGAGUGGGUGACCAUCAAUCAGCUGGGGAUUGAGCUGGCCCCUGCUGGGUAAUGUUGCCAAAUGAAUCUGGACCAAGAGAGGUACCGCCAGGGUUCGGGCGGUAUUGAAUAUAGGCAAUGGACAAUGGUCGAGGGGGUGAUUUUUGAACUGAAUAUGGACUGUGCGUCUUUAGUGUGGGCCCUCUGCCUAAGCAUCUGAACGGCCCAGGCUCUCUGAACAAACAAACCAUCACCUCACAUGGUAGCAAGUCACCCUGGCAGAAAUACUGUUGGUGGAUAUAGGGUGAACCUGUAUGAGUUCUCGUAACCGCUCUUUUCCCGCUAAGACAAUGUAGAAGUUAACCCAGCUAUUAUUUAAUCUGUUCUGGGUCAAAUCACCACUGAGACCUCAUCUAGGUUCUAGGUGCACUGGGAGCAGGUGUGUUUACAGGUGCCAGAGCACCUAGGUAAUUAGGGCAGUGUAGAUGUGGCCAUGUGCUUAUACCAUCCAUCUCUACUCAAAGCACUUCAUUCUGGGCCCCUUCUCUGUUCUCACAAGAGGCCUCUAAACCCCUGCUGCUGCUUGAAAAUGACUCCCAGGAGUCCCAGCUGCUUUGUUUGUGUGUGUGUGCAUGGUGUGUAAACACCCCGUACAGAUAUAGAAAGCGAAAAGAGGAGACGGGAGGAGGAGAUCUUUCAGAGAGGGGCUUGCUCCGCUGCCAGACGAUUUCCAGGUCAGCUCUUAGAAAUGCUGCCAAGAUCCCUGGGCCUUUGCUGUUCAUGAAGUGCAUUUGCAAGGACAUUCAGAUUCCUAUUCAGGUGUGGCCAAAAAAGAAGCAAAUCAACCCCAGGCGGUGGCCUGAGCCUGCUCCACUGGACAAAAGGAAAGAAAAACAGUCCCAGGCAGGUUUGGGGGCAGGUGAGGGUUAGCUCUGGAGUUUCUGAACAUGAUAUCCCCUUGCUUGCCCCACUAUUAUCUGGAUGCCAUAACCAGCUCCCCUGUCUUCCUUUGGCAUCUCCAUACCAACAACUCCAACCCUUGAGAGAAAGGGGCACUACCCUAUUGAAACUUGAAAGUCUGAAGGUCUCCCCUCAGCCUACUGAGAUGAUGAUGAUGCUCCAGUUAAGUCGUCAUCUUGCCCCUGAAUUUCUGUGCCCAUGAGCCCCUCGCUCUGCAGGGUACAGUCUGGGUACAGCCCAGAUUUGUAAUAUGGUGACUAAGAGCUGGUGUCUAAAUGUUGGUGUUCCUUGGGCAUGUUGCCAAUCCGUGAUAAACCUCUAGUUUGUGGGACACUAUUUCCUUUCUAGGACUUGUGUGUAUAUACAGUAUAUAUGUAUAUGUGUAUGUACAGUGUAUGUGGCGACUGCCUCUUACUUGGGAGCAUGCAGCUGUUUGUAACCAAGUACAAAGACAUUAAUUAGGGGUUUGCACUGGCUUCUCAUUGCUCAAGACUCUGCAGCUGCCCUCCAAUGUCCUGUCCCUGGUAAUUGCUGGAAAAAUGCAAAGGGAAGCAAGCUGAUAAAUAAGCCUCAUUGGAAUCAAUAGGAGAAGGAACUACGAGGUUGGUGGUGAAAGCUUCCUAAGAGUGAUUCGGAAGUGGAACUGUGGGUCUCCAUGGCAAUGGGAGCCAAAGACAGAGCAGGACUGGUGGGGAAGACUCCCGGGAGUUUGGGAGUUGUUUAACCAUUUCUUUGCUUGACAAAAAUUUAGACACCAGCUGUAACUCAAUUGCACUGUCUGUAUAGAUGUUAUUCUUGCUGACAUGUCCAGGGAGCUUUCGGGCCACCUCAACCCCCAUGCUGCCUAACCUAGACCACCGCCCUACCCCCCACCUCAAGCCCAGACUUCUGUAGCUGAGAAUCAAUCCCUGUGUCAGUAAGGUCUGAUAUUUGUACAUAGAUUAUACAUACACAUGUACAUAUGUGCCUCAAUGAGCAUUGGCUGUCUAUCAUGGAUGUACAUAGACUUCAUAGAGUACCAUAAUUUUUUUUUGUAAAUAUGGACACAGGUAAAUAAAUAUAUAAAUAUAUAUU